GUUUUUAUUACUUAAAAUAUAGAUAAAAAUAAAAACUAAAUUUAUUUAAGUUUUACUUAUGUUGAUUUUAGGAAGUAUUUCAAUUUUACAUUCACAAAAUAAAAAUUUAAAAUAAAAUAAAAUACGAGAUAAAAAUGGUUGGAUAGGAGGUUAAAUUUUCUAGAUGUAAUAGUUCAAUGUAUGUUAUUAAACUAAUAAGUGAAAGAGUUUUAAAAUAAUGUUUUAUAUAUUUCCAUAAAUUUAUAUAUGUACAGUUGGAUCGAGAUUCAGAACAAGACACAUACUUUCUCGGUUUGGGACGAGUUCCACGCGUUUAUGGAGGAUCUUGAUUUGAGGAUGAAGAGAGCAGGGUACGUUUCGAAGACGAAUGUGGUUCUUCACGAUGUGGAAGAAGAAGAUGAGCGUAUGGUUAGGUACCAUAGCGAGAGACUUGCUGUAGCGUGUGGGAUAAUGCGUGUGCCGCAAGGGAAACCGAUACGUGUGAUAAAGAACCUGCGUGUGUGUGAGGAUUGUCAUAGUGCCAUCAAGUGUUUGGCGAAAAUCAAAGGGAGAGUGAUUAUACUGAGGGAUAAUAACAGGUUUCACCAUUUUAAGGAUGGUUCAUGCUCUUGUGGAGACUACUGGUGAAGUUGAUGAUGAUUCCAUUUCAUCGCCAUUGACCAAACAAAAGAUUUUAGUAACUGCGAUCAGAUAUUUAAAAGGGAAAUGGCUGGUCUUUGUUGUGCAUGGUGUGUCAAAUAGACACUUACAUUUAUUUUAAAAUAUCUAAUGAAAAAUAUUGUUUAUCAAAUAUAAUUUAUAUUCAUAUUUAUUUAAGUUACGUAAUAUAUGAUAUAUAAAAUAUCUUUUUAUUAAAAUUGAAUAUGAUUAUAAACAUAAAUAUAUGAUAAAUGACCCAUUAAAAUUAUUUUCUAUAUCCGCCUUUGUGUUGUGUCACUCUCUCUAUAUAUUUUCUAUAUUUUUCUAUAAUAUGUUUUUGUCAAGUGUGAUUUCGUAUGGGUUUUGAAAAUAAAGAAAAAUUAAUUAAUUAAUAAAAAUGUAUUUACAGCACACGGUAAAAAUCCCAACGGCUAUAAUAAAAAAUGGACAAAAAUGAAAAUUAUGGAAUGAGAAAAAGGGAAACUAAUACAUCAAAAAAGGAAAUUAUAAACGAUACCCAAAAUCUAUAAAAUAACCCUAAACCAUGGUCAAGCUUAAUCACUCACAAUUCUUUUCUCACUCUGCGUAAACUCUCGAAGAAGCUUUUGUUUUGUUUUUGCCAUGGAUUCUCUUUCUUCUUCUUCUACUUCGACAAAGAUGAAGAACAACAACAAGCUCUCUGUCAGAAACCAAACCCGUUUCAAGAAAUCGUUCUUGUUGUUAAGAGAGAAGACCAUUCUGAAGAAAGCGUUAGAGCUUUCCAUUCUCUGCGACAACGAUAUUUGUGUGAUACAUUACGACCGUGAAGGAAAUCUCGUCAAUGCUUAUCCCGAGGAUCAGUCCCAAGUCAAAGACAUUCUCCAGAGGUAUAACAAUUUAAGCGACAGAGAAAAAAUCAAGAAAAACACAAAUCUUUCACAGUUCUAUAACAAGAAACUCGUUGACGAGAAGAGGAGAUCUCUUACCGACGCAGAGGAACGCAAAAGGUUCACAAAGAAAGUUGGAGCGUUCAAGGGUUCCUUGGAGGAUAAGUUACAGAUAGUAAAAGACAGGGUUCGUGACCUUCUUUAUUCGCAGGAUCAUCAGACCGAGCCAGAUCAGAGCCCUUGUCUUGAUGUUAUGUCCCAACAAAAUCACAACUUUCCGGGGUCUUCUUCUGGCUUCUUCUUCCCAAACGAGUUAUCUGAUCCAUGGAUGAAUUUUAGUCCGCACGAUCUUGAUCAACAACAAUCAUUCACGAAUCUUCUCAUGAGUGGUGAUCAUGUGUCAGCAAGUAGCGAUCAAUACCUCCUGGGCCCUGCUUCUUGCGCAACUGAUGCGUCCAACCACGAGAGCAAAUUCUCAGUCUUUCUGUUUAACCAUGAAACGGCUACUUUCACUCAACUUCCCAACUCUGCUUCUUCAAGCUUCGACCAAGGGUUGAUUGGCACUUACUGAUACAAAUAUCCAAAGCCACAUCUCUCAUCUGCUUCAUGAUAUGAUUAUACUCAAAUGUGUAUUCGUUUUUUAUUUCCACUUCUUUGUAAAUUUUUAUGACAAUAUAACGUUCUUAUUCCUAUGUAUAUGUACUUUCUAUGU